AUGGUAUUUUUAUCAUGGUUAUUAAUAUCUACUAUCAAGUUAUCGUUGCAUCAUUGUUUAUUAUUUUGGUUGAAUUACAGUAACAUAACAUAUCCUAAAUCGCCAUCAGAAGAUUAUUAUUUUAAUCAAGUUCUUAAAUUAUCACCUGGUUUCGAAGAGUUCGGUGCACCAGGUUGGGAAUUGUCUUUAUGCCUUUUAUUUUGUUGGAUUUUGUGUGGACUGGCUGUUAUUAAAGGUGUCCAGUCUCUUGGCAAAGUUUCUUACUUCACAAGUGUAUUUCCAUAUAUCAUGUUAACAAUUCUUCUUAUACGGGGAGCACUUCUUCCAGGCUCAGGAGCAGGUGUACUUUAUUAUUUGACACCUGAUUUUUCACGACUAACAGAUCCCCAAGUAUGGGCUGAUGCUGCUACACAGAUUUUUUUCUCUUUGGGCUGUUGCAACGGUGGUUUAAUAACUGUGUCAAGUUAUAAUAAAUUUAAGAAUAAUUGCUGUAGAGAUGCUGUCAUUGUGGCAGUUAUCAAUUGUGCAACUUCUGUCUAUGCUGGUUUUGUGAUAUUUUCUAAUUUGGGUUUUAUGGCUUAUCAAAAAAAUACAACAAUUGUUGAAGUUGCAUCCAGCGGUCCUGGACUUGCUUUUAUUGUCUAUCCUGAAGCAAUGACAAAUAUGCCACUUUCUAGUUUGUGGUCGGUUUUAUUCUUCACAAUGAUGUUAACGCUUGGUUUUGGUUCACAGUUUUCUAUAUUGGAGACCACUCUUUCUGGUAUACAGGAUGAAUUCAGACGAUUAGGUGUUCAUCUAACAGAAAGACGUAAAAUUGUGUUCCGGAUAUCAGUAUGUUGUUUAAAUUUUUUCAUGGGAUUGCCAAUGGUUUGUGCUGGUGGAUAUUAUCUUGUAACAAUAUAUGACAGUGUAAUGAGUGGUUAUGCUCCAUUGAUUGUUGCAUUAAGUGAAACGGUUGUCAUUACAUAUGUAUAUGGUUUAAAACAAUUUCGAUGUGAUAUUGAAUUAAUGAUAAAUGAACGACCUAAUUGGUAUUGGCGUAUUUGUUGGCUUGUAUUAACACCAACGAUUUGUCUUUUAUUAAUUAUUUCUGUAUUAACAAAUCGGAUUGAAUUAAAAGAGAUGAAUUAUUCUUUCCCACCUUGGACAUAUGUAUUAUAUCACUUAUUAUCUGCUGGGACUGUAUUAUUAAUCGUUGGUUGGUUUAUUUAUAAAUACUGCAGUGAAGGUGGUUUUCUGUUAUUAAAAGAAUUCCUAAAACCCGUACAUGAAUGGGGACCAGCCGAUAAAAAACAUAGAGCUGAAUUUAUAUCAAUGAUUAAAUCUAAUGAAUCACGUAUUAAUGAAGCUGGUGGCAAUACUUAUACGUCACCAAUUGGUGGACCAAAUACCAUAGAAGGUAGUCAAUUACAACUAGGUUAUGGAUUAAAUAGUUCACUUAAAAGUGGUUUAGCUGCUGCUGGUGUUAUAGAUGACACUAAAUUUUUCCAAAGUAAAUUAAAUGUCGCUGAAAAACUUACACAUGCGCAUACAAAAGAAGUAGUAAAACGAGUUGUCAGCAAUGCAGAUAUUAAUCCAGCUAAUGCUGUUGCGUUAUUGUCAGCAAGUCAAACAGCAUUAGCUGCAGUUAAUUCCGUUGCUCUGCUUGGUUCACAAGCGUUAUCUGGUUGUAUUCCAGGUAAUACAAACAUUGAUACAAUUGGAAUAAAACUGCCGGAACAGUUUUUCAUAUCUUCAGACUGUGAUGAAAUGAAUCAAUCAAUCAAAUCUACGGAUCAAUGAAAAACAUCAAAACAAUACACUGAUUGCUUUUGCAUAUUUUUUUCUGAAAGUUUAUCCUAUUAUUAUACAAUACAUCAACAAGUGUAUCUGUGUAUGUGUUGAUUUGUUUCUUUAUUAAAUCUGAUUUAUUUUUUUAAUGAAAUUGUAACGUCACUAACUGAGUGUUUGGAAGUUAUUACACAAAACAAUCCAUCCACUCCAUACACCCAUUUAUACACAAAUUAUUAGUCUAACCGAGUAAAUCAAAUAAACUUAAAUUUUGAAAAAAAAUCACUAUACACAUCUUUUGUUUCGGCUUCUUAAUGCCAAUUCCAUUGCUUCAUUUUUAAUUCUCUCUAUUGAUUUAUACACUAUCUACUACUACUACUACUAAUAAUAAUAAUAAUAAUAAUCACAAUGUGUUAUAAUUGUUUUUCUGCAUGCUAUCAAUUGCCUCUUUCCUAAUAAACACGUCUUACACAAUAUGUACAUGUAGUUAGUUAAUGUACAAUUCAAUAAUUACACUUCUAAUUCUUAAUAUCAUCCAAAAUUAUAUUUUAAUAUAAAGAUUGUUAUUUGUAAUGAAUCAUACACUUUAAUUAUUUGCAUUUUAUUAACAAUAAUAAUUAUUAUUAUUAUAAACAAAAAUUCGUUUGUUUGUUUGUUUAUUUAUUUUUUCUGUUUUGUUUUGAUUUAUAAAUUAAUCUCAAUCAUCUAUCAUAGUAACUGUAUUCAUUCUUUCUAAUAUUGUGUAUAUUAACUAUGUUAGUAGAUGAAUAUAGGGAAAUACAAAAUAAAUUAAAUAAUAAGUUAUAUUUAUAAUGUUUCAUUGAAUAAAUUUUAUUUAAUAUACUAUAUUUUUUUCUUUUUUUUUCUCUUUUGACUGAUUGUCGUUGAAUAAACGAAAAAAAAACAACAACUAACAUUUAGAUAAAUUUUAUGAUUGUUUACUAUGUUGAUUGAUGAUGAGAAUCAGUAAACUGUUAUUUAUUUAUUUGUAAGAUAAACAAAAAUUCAAUUUUUAAAAAAAUUAUUUUAUUUGUUGAAAA